AUCUUGAACAAAGUUUAAGUUCGGGAGAAUCGGUUAUUUCAGCAUUUGGCUUCGCGACACCCUUUCUACUUCUUCUCGUCCACCUCUGUUUACCUCUGUUCACUCGACACGCUUCAAAAGACUAUCACGAAAUAUGACCGUACGAUUUGUGAACUAUAGACUUGCUUUCUACAUCUCCGUGUUUUUGCUCUCAGGCACAGUGCUGGGAUUAGAUGCCCAUUUCGCUGCUGUAUUCCUUCCACAACUUCAUGAGGCAUUUACGAUCUUCGCGCUUGUUAUUCCCUCACUAACUAUAUUCGCCUUCUUGUUGACACUGCAAUGGUCCCAACCACGAAUUGAGGCUAUAGUCCUCUUUGUGUUAUGGGCAAUCUGGCUUUCAAUGGCAGCGUGGGCUACUGACAUUAUUGGCACCGUUCAGUGUGAUGCCCUUUCUGGUCAGCGUACCCCAACUAAAAACGGAUUCAUGUCUGCUCAAUCAUAUUGCUACGAAAUGAAAGUGAUUCAAGCGUUUUCAUGGAUGAUCUUCGUUCUUUGCUCUUUUGCGUUUAUCAUUCUGCUUCAGCUUGUUACCCAAGCACAACGAUUUGGACGGUAUCUGAUCUGGUAUGAACCUAUUCAAAACCUAGGCUGGUACGGUGAAUGGCCUGGACUCUAUAAUACCACGACGCAGCCAAUGGUUCAGUAUCCUCAAUACCAGUCUGCCGCCCCAUAUGGCUAUCCUUUGCAAGCUGGUAGUGGAAUCGCACAACAACCUGGCCACUCUAUCAUCAUUCAACCAAGCGUGAACGGAGGACCCCCUACUGUGACCCAGGUUCCAAUUUAAUAUAUUCAUGAUCCUAUGUCGAUGUACACGCGAUGGCUUCAUCUAGUAUUUAUGUUUCUAACUGAAAUACAACUUACCGUUACGGCCACAUU